UUACCUCACUCCAGUUCUCGGCUCCGAUCGCGUCGCCGCACCUGCCUGUUUGCCGUCUCCGUUCGCCUAGCGCCGAGCUCCUUCUCUCCACUGUCCCGGAGGGCAGUCGCCUUGGGGUCUUCUUAGUUGCUCGGAAGUCGACCUUCUCUGUCGGCGUCGGUCACCACCAUCACCAUCACCACCGCCAGAACUAUCGAUCAUCCGAUAGUGGACGCUUGACUGAGGACGAAGCUCUGUUCUAAGAUAAUCUCCGCAGGUGGUUAAAAAGGCUUCCCUUCUCGUGAUCGUCAGGGCAUAGUACGGAAUUCUGUCUGCGUUUGUCAAACCUAUCAAAUAUGGCAAACAUUAAUAUAACAAAUAUUUUGGAGAAGAUGACAGGCAAGGAUAAGGAUUAUAGAUAUAUGGCAACUUCAGAUCUGCUUAGCGAACUGAACAAGGAAGGUUUUAAAGCUGAUUCUGAUCUGGAAUUGAAAUUAACAAGUGCUGUUCUCCAACAGCUUGAAGAUGCAGCUGGAGAUGUUUCUGGACUAGCAGUGAAAUGCUUAGCUCCUCUUGUCAAGAAGGUCAGUGAGGAGAGAAUUAUGGAAAUGGCGAAUAAGCUCUGUGACAAAUUGCUGAAUGGGAAAGAUCAAUAUCGUGAUAUUGCUAGUAUAGCCUUGAAGAUGAUAAUUGCUGAAGUUAACACACCAUCUCUUGCGCAACGUAUACUUGUUUCACUUGGCCCUGAAUUGACAAAGGGCAUAACUAAUCCUGGGAAGGGUAAUGAAAUAAAGUGUGAAUGCCUUGACAUAUUAGGUGACACUCUCCAAAAAUUUGGAAACUUGAUGACAAAGGAUGCUCAUGAGGAAUUGCUGAUUGCCCUUCUUUCUCAGUUGGGUUCCAAUCAAGCCAGCGUCAGAAAGAAAUCAAUUCUUUGUAUUGCAUCACUUGCCUCAAGUCUACCGGAUGAUCUACUGGCAAAGGCAACAUCUGAAGUUGUUCGAUUGUUGACAAGCAAGAACAUGAAACCUGAAUUUACUAGGACAAACAUUCAAAUGAUUGGAGCCUUAAGUCGAUCUGUUGGAUAUCGUUUUGGGCCACACCUUGGUGAGUCUGUUCCAUUGCUUAUCAAUUACUGCAAGAGUGCAUCAGAAUCUGAUGAAGAACUUCGUGAAUACAGCUUGCAGGCAUUGGAGAGUUUUCUGCUUAGAUGUCCAAGGGACAUAUCUCCUUACUGUGAUAAUAUUUUAAAUCUAACUUUGGAGUAUUUAAGCUAUGACCCCAACUUUACUGAUAACAUGGAGGAGGACACUGAUGAAGAAGGGAAUGAGGAGGAGGAAGAUGAUGAAAGUGAAAAUGAGUAUACUGAUGACGAGGAUGCAAGCUGGAAAGUUCGAAGAGCAGCUGCCAAAUGCUUGCAGGCAAUUAUUGUAUCACGGCCGGAGAUGCUUACAAUGUUGUAUGCAGAGGCAUGCCCCAAGCUGAUUGAAAGAUUCAAAGAAAGAGAAGAGAAUGUCAAGAUGGACGUAUUUAAUACAUUUAUCGAGUUGCUGCACCAGACUGGUAAUGUGUCAAAGGGACAGGUCGACAUUAAUGAGUCAGGUCCACGAUGGUUGUUGAAUCAAGAAGUGCCAAAAAUUGUGAAAUCGAUCAAUAGACAACUCCGUGAAAAAUCUAUUAAAACAAAGGUUGGAGCAUUCUCAGUGUUGAAAGAACUUGUGCUUGUCUUACCUAAUUGUCUUGCUGAGCAUAUCAGUGCCCUUGUUUCAGGGAUUGAAAAGGCUUUAACUGACAAAUCUUCCACUUCAAACUUAAAGAUAGAGGCCCUUGUUUUCACCAGAUUGGUUAUGGCUUCACAUUCACCAUCUGUAUUUCAUCCGUACAUCAAGGCUCUCUCUAGUCCUGUUCUAUCUGCUGUUGGUGAAAGAUACUAUAAAGUAACUGCUGAAGCAUUAAGGGUUUGCGGAGAAUUAGUUCGUGUACUUCGCCCUAAUUUUGAGACUUCCAUGCCAGACUUCAGACCAUAUGUUAGCCCUAUCUAUAGUGCCAUAUUGGCUCGCUUGGCAAAUCAAGAUCAAGAUCAGGAGGUUAAAGAAUGUGCAAUAUCUUGCAUGAGCCUUGUGAUAUCAACUUUUGGUGACAACCUUCAAAAGGAUCUACCAGCUUGCCUUCCCAUACUAGUUGAUAGGAUGGGAAAUGAGAUCACCAGGCUAACAGCUGUGAAGGCAUUUGCUGUAAUUGCGAACUCGCCUCUGCGCAUAAACCUCUCAUGUGUUUUGGAACAAGUUGUUUCUGAACUGACGGGAUUCCUGCGGAAGGCUAACAGAGCCUUGAGACAGGCAACAUUGGGCACACUCAACUCCCUAGUAGUUGCAUAUGGCGAGCAAAUUAGCUCAACAACUUAUGAAGUUAUAAUAGUGGAACUUUCAACACUUAUAAGUGAGGCAGACUUACAUAUGACUGCACUUGCUCUGGAACUUUGCUGCACGAUGAUGAUGGCCAAAAUAUCUAGUCAAAGUGUUGGUGUGACUGUUAGUCAUAAAGUUCUUCCUCAAGCUCUUAUACUAAUCAGGAGCUCGCUGUUGCAGGGUCAAGCUUUGCAAGCAUUACAGAGAUUCUUUGCUUCCUUGGUUCAUUCAGCAAAUACAAGCUUUGAUUCACUAUUAGAUUCCCUCCUUUCAAGUGCUAAGCCUUCACCACAGUCUGGUGGUCUUGCUAAACAGGCUCUUCAUUCUGUUGCACAGUGUGUUGCUGUACUUUGCUUAGCAGCUGGUGAUCAGAAAUGUGCAUCCACUGUAGACAUGCUGAAAGGAAUUCUGAAAGAUGAUAGCAAUAUGAAUUCUGCUAAACAACACCUGGCAUUGCUAUGUCUGGGAGAAAUUGGAAGAAGGAAGGAUCUAAGCGUACAUGUGCACAUUGAGAAUAUUGUUAUUGAGUCAUUCCAGUCUCCUUUUGAAGAGAUAAAAUCUGCAGCUUCAUAUGCUCUUGGAAACAUUGCUGUGGGCAAUCUAUCUAAAUAUCUUCCAUUUAUCUUGGAUCAAAUUGACAAUCAACAAAAAAAACAAUACCUUUUGCUUCAUUCUUUGAAAGAGGUUAUUGCUAGACAAUCUAUUGAUCAGCCUGGCAAAAGUGAGUUACAGGAGUCUAAUGUUGAGAAGAUAUUGAGCUUACUCUUCAAUCAUUGUGAAAGUGAUGAAGAAGGGGUUCGCAAUGUUGUUGCUGAGUGUUUGGGCAAAAUUGCGCUUAUUGAACCUAAAAAGCUCGUACCUGCACUAAAGGAACGGACUGCUAGUUCUACUGCAUUCACAAGAGCGACAGUUGUUAUUGCUAUUAAAUAUGCUAUUGUUGAAAGACCUGAAAAGAUAGAUGAAAUUUUGUAUCCAGAGAUCUCCACAUUCUUGAUGCUCAUUAAAGACAGUGAUAGACAUGUUCGUCGUGCAGCUGUUCUGGCUUUGAGUACAGCUGCUCAUAACAAACCAAACCUGAUUAAAGGACUUCUUCCUGAGUUAUUACCGCUGCUCUAUGAUCAGACUGUCAUUAAGAAAGAAAUGAUAAGAACAGUUGAUCUUGGUCCUUUCAAGCACAUUGUAGAUGAUGGUCUUGAGCUUCGAAAAGCAGCUUUUGAGUGUGUGGACACCUUGUUGGACAGUUGUCUAGAUCAAAUGAAUCCCUCUACAUUUAUAGUUCCUUACCUGAUUUCUGGAUUAAGUGAUCAUUAUGAUGUGAAGAUGCCAUGCCAUCUUAUCCUCUCAAAACUUGCAGAUAAAUGCCCUGCUGCUGUUCUUGCAGUUCUGGACUCACUUGUUGAUCCUCUUGAAAAGACCAUCAGUCACAAGCCAAAGGCAGAUGCAGUGAAGCAAGAAGUAGACCGUAAUGAAGAUAUGAUUCGAAGUGCUUUUCGAGCUAUUGCUUCCAUAAGCCGCAUAAGCGGAGGUGAAUACAGUUUGAAGUUCAAGAUGCUGAUCAAUAAUAUUUUGAACACCGCCGCACUUGCUGAAAAGUACAAUUUUGUGCGCUGUGAGUGAAUGAUAGGAAAAUGGUUGUUUCAGGCAAAUCGGAUAUUUGGAGCUUGUGGAACAGAGAAAGCUAGAAGAGCAGGGUGAUACUUGCUAGAAAGCAAAAGGUUGCUCCAUGAGCUAGCUACUUGCCAUUGUUUAUGAAUUUGUUAUUUGCAAUUAGUGUGGACCAUGCUGGAUCUCGAUGGAAUCAAUAUUUAGGCAGAAAAUUGUUGCUUGCUAGACUUGUUGCAAUGAUUUUUUAUCAUUUCAUUGUUCUGUUUUGAAUAUUUGGUUUAAAGUCUUCAUGGGGCCAUGGUUUUUGGAUAA